AGGGGCCUGCCCGCGAGUUUCUUUGCUCGGUGCAUCACUUCCCGCCGCUGCCAUACUCCGCUGCCCGGUGCCGGGCUGCAGCCGCGCCUGCCUCCGCCGCGGCGGGCGGCUCGGCUCGGCGGGGCCGGCGCCCAUGGCGUGCCUGCCCGGCGGGGACAGCCCGGGCUCCGCCGCCCGCCGGCUCUACUCGAGAAUGGAGGCAUCCUGCCUGGAACUGGCCCUGGAAGGGGAGCGCUUGUGCAAGGCUGGGGACUUCAAAGCUGGGGCAGCCUUCUUCGAAGCAGCAGUGCAGGUGGGGACAGAGGACUUGAAGACUCUCAGUGCCAUCUACAGUCAGCUGGGCAAUGCCUAUUUCUACCUAAAGGAGUACUCCAAGGCCCUGGAGUACCAUAAACAUGACCUUACCCUGGCCAGAACCAUUGGGGACCGCAUUGGAGAAGCCAAGGCAAGCGGCAACCUUGGGAAUACAUUGAAAAUACUUGGGCAGUUUGAUGAAGCUGUUGUUUGUUGCCAGAGACAUUUGGACAUUUCUCAGGAGCAGGGAGAUAAGGUAGGUGAAGCCAGAGCACUCUAUAAUAUAGGAAAUGUUUACCAUGCAAAGGGAAAGCACUUGUCUUGGAACAUGGCCCAAGACCCCGGCUACCUGCCUCAAGAAGUCAAGGAGACGCUACAGAAAGCUUCAGAAUAUUACGAGAGGAACUUGUCCCUGGUGAAGGAGCUGGGGGACAGAGCUGCGCAGGGCCGUGCUUAUGGCAACCUCGGCAACACCCAGUACUUACUUGGCAACUUCAGUGAAGCUAUAGCCUUCCACAAGGAGCGCCUUGCUAUUGCUAAGGAGUUUGGGGACAAGGCAGCCGAGCGGAGAGCGUACAGCAACCUGGGCAACGCGCACAUCUUCCUUGGGAGGUUUGACAUCUCUGCCGAGUACUACAAGAAAACACUCCAGCUUGCCAGACAACUCAAAGACCAAGCAGUAGAAGCCCAGGCUUGCUACAGUCUUGGAAACACGUACACGUUGCUUCAAGACUACGAAAGAGCAAUCGAGUACCAUCUAAAACAUCUGGUGAUAGCACAGGAGCUGGGAGACAGGGUGGGAGAAGGAAGAGCCUGCUGGAGUCUCGGAAAUGCCUAUGUCUCCCUGGGGAGCCAUGAACAAGCUUUGCACUUUGCAAGGAAACAUCUUGAAAUCUCCCAAGAGAUCGGGGACCGGAACGGUGAGCUGACAGCACAGGUGAAUAUGGCCCAGCUCGAGUCGGCCCUUGGCUUGGGCCCCGGGGAUGAGGAUGUGGGUGCAGCUCAUCACUAUUCUGGCUAUGAAGCACAAGGAGCCCGGCCAAAGAGACUCCAAAGGAACAGCAUGGACAGCUUAGACCUCCUGAAGUUCCCUUCUGAAAAGGACCAGAAUGGGGACAGCCAUCACGUGGGAGAUCUAAAGAUCUCUGGAAAAGAGUUCUUGUCAUUACCUGCAAGGUCAAAGAAAUACCGGGAGCGCCAGUCCAGUUCAGAGAGAAAGUCCCAAGGACCAAGUACAUCACCGCUGGAUACCAGUGAAGUUCGAGUCCAGGUGUCACAGUCGAAAAUCAACCGGACCCCUUCAGAUGAGGAAUGCUUCUUUGACCUGCUGAGCAAGUUCCAGAGCAACCGGAUGGAUGAUCAGCGCUGCCCGUUGGAAGAAUGCCCAUCGGAGGCUGCAGAGGCAGCUGCCACACCAGUCCCUGCCCUGGAAGAAAGGAUAUCACAGUCCUCCUUAAUGGCAUCUCCGCAGACGGAGGAAUUCUUCGAUCUCAUCGCCAGCUCCCAGAGCAGACGGCUGGAUGACCAGCGUGCCAACGUGGGCAACCUGCCAGGCCUCCGGAUAACACACAACAACCUGGGGCACCUGCGUGUGGAGGGGGAUGCCCAGGAGCCCGGGGACGAGUUCUUCAACAUGCUCAUGAAGUGUCAGUCCUCCAGGAUAGAUGAUCAGCGCUGUGCACCACCAGACUCCAUCCCCCGUGGCCCCACCAUGCCGGACGAAGACUUCUUCAGCCUCAUCCAGCGCGUCCAGGCCAAACGUAUGGACGAGCAGCGGGUAGAUUUGGCCUCAGCCCAGGAGGAGGCAGGAGAAGAGCAGCAGAGGCCUGGUUCCAGCUAAGAACUGGGGUUUGGUUUGGGGGGGGUGUUUUGGUUUCAUUUUGUUUUUUAAAAAGGAAAAACGUGUAGGUGGUUUCAAGCCCGAGCGCUCCUGUGCUGCCACAGACUUCUCCCAGGAGCCGCCCAGGGACAGCCCGUCGCGUUGUACCUGGCCGCUCUGCGCAGGCACUGUUACGGGAAGGCCCACCAGACGGGGGAUGGUUUUUACACACGGGGGUUUUUUAGGACUCAUGGCCACUGUAACACUGGGCACGGCCCAAGGGAAGACUUUGGCACAACCCCUUUGCUUAUCACCUGAAAAUCCAGGAACUUGUGCCGUCAGCCAAAGGAGGAGCCCAGAGCGGGUGGUUAACUCCAGUCUUUUAUUUCCACAACACUUUUAAUUUGAUGGGGGAAGGGAAGAGCACCUUUUCCAUUUUUGAAGUCCUCCCGUCUUGCCUGUGUUGCGAGGUGACACAAAUUGCUCUGGAUCCUUCCCUGGAACGUCUUGCUCAGCUUUGUUCUUUCUACAGGAGGAAAUGAGCCCAAGUCAGAGGCUACACCAGUCCUUCUAAACCUCCCCCCCACCCCAGCUGCAGUCCUGGUCCCACACACCUUAAAGUUUAUUUUAGGUUUGACGCAGGUUUAUUUUAGUUUAUUUUAAGACUCUGCAGUGAGCCCUGUGACACCCCCUCCGCUUCCCCAGCCACAGCCCUGUGCAGAGCUGUACCGGCACCUCCUGAGCAGGAGCGCAGCCUUGCUCGCCCCGAGCGUUGGCGGGAUUUGGUUACCUCUGGAGAACAGCUGUGCCGCCCAAGCUGCAGGCCUGAGGCAGGCGGUCUCUCUGCCCAUCUGUUCAGCACAAGGCAAACUCGGGCAACUCGUCGCUGCUGGUGCCGCCGAGCCAGAAGUCUCGGGCAGGACUGUCCUGGGUGCAGGUGAGCGUGCCCGAGGUAGAAGCCUGCAUUCGGCAAUGACCUGCUUUGAGAGCCAGUGAAGUUUUCUGGCCACGCUUGUCAGGAGAGCAAGUAGAACCAUCCCCUCCUCCUUUUUGUGUCCCGGAGCGGUCAGGGGUAACAGCCCUUCCCUCCCCUUGUUCCUCCCCAAACCAGUGCUGAGCUUCUCCCAGUCCCUGCAGAGCUGCUCUCGGCAAAGCGCUCCCGUUUCCCUCGAUCCGUCUCCAAUAAACGGAGCCUGACGAGAGCUCCAGGCUGGGCUGUGGGCUGGGAAGUCGGUUCCACCCCCGAUGCAAGCGCGAGGGUCUGCAUUUGCUUUCAUUCCUUCCCCUUUGGGAAAAGCAAGCCCAGGGAGGAGGGGAGCACCGAUCUAACUUCAGGAGGCGGAGUAUUUUUUUUUGCUUGACCGGAUAGGCUAUCUUGGACUUCAGAAACUCCAGUAAUGAGCUCUGCCAAAGCAGAUACGUUCCUAUAGAGAACAAAUCAGCACUUUCUAUUUGAAAUGCAUUUGAUGGAAACAUUUCCAACCAGCAGUAAGAUGUUUUUAGACCAGUGAUGCUGCUCAUCGGGCAUUUAACCUGCCUGCACUGACCACGUGGCGGGGUAGCUGCAUUUUACCGGCUACCAGGGAGCACUCACCUGCUACGCUGCUGCACGGGCUGCCCGGCCGAGGCUCGGCCUCCUUCCCGGGGCUGCUCAGAGCUCGGGAGAAGGGAUGGGACCUGCCCAGCCACCGACGUACUGACCCAGCUCACGUUUGUAAAGAGGAGGAAAACAUUGAAGCUGAAGAUGACUUGACCAGCCGCAGGCUCGGGCCUGCGCAGCUCUCGGCCAGGUGGUGAACUGCAAUCUGACCGUUAAGCUUUCAGAGGUGUUAAUUAUUUGCCAUAUACUUGAAUGUAUGAGCUUAUUUAUUUUUUACAUGUGCAUUUGCUAAUGUCAUUUUAAUGGGAAAUUUCCAACCCACAGGUACUUUUUUUCUAAAAAAAAAAAAAAAAUAA